AUGUGUUUUAAUUCCAGAGCAAUGGCAUUCUACUGGAUCUUCAUUGCUUUCUCCUGGUUCGGCUUCGCCAGCCUUCAAUAUAUAAACACUGCUGGGACAGACGCUGAAACUCUGAUGGAUCCUUUGGACUCCACCAUCCACUACCCGCCAUUACCGUAUGUCAACUAUUUCAACGUGCUGACGCCAAGGAACAACAUGGAAACCUUACAAAACAACGAAAAUAUGGACCGCGAUCAAUUUUCUGAACAGGAUCUAGAAUCGCUCGAUGCAAAAAGGAUGAGAAGAACAACAGAUGAAGAUAAAAAUGCCAAAGAACGGACUUGGCAGCCUAAUUUAAUAGACAGCGAUAAAACUAUAUAUCUACCUAGCGACACAUUCGGUGUUAGAACACCGUUCGUUGUUCAUGCAUAUACAGACACUUCAAAUGAAAAAAACAACACAGAUACUUCUAAUUCCUUAGAGAAGAGGAGUUUUAGCCCAUGGGGCGGUAAGCGAAAUAGACCAAAUAUUGUUGAGCAAAUGUGGACUUGGAAGAAAUCAGCCGGCAUCCGUGAGCCCAGUAUGCCUAAAAGAGUUCGCUUUAGUCCCUGGGGAGGAAAGAGAUCCGGUCAGAUGAUAUACAAGCCAGGUACUAAAGGCUCCAAGGUUAUAUUUUCUGCAUCAGUUCCAGAGUUAACUCGGAUCGUAUCAAAUUACUCACCAAACGGCAACCGCCUGAACAUGGCCGGUCUUCAAUUUAUACCGUCACCAGAUAAAAGACAUCCUAUUAAAAUUUUAGCUCUAAACACGAAAAUGGAUGAAAGGACGCUAAGGGAUGCUCUACCUUUCAACACAUUUAUGGAGACAAUACCCAAAAUGUACAAACCCGGUCACGCUUACCUGGAUGUUCAUUUGAAGAAAGAUGGCAAGCGUAAAGUGAAGUUCAGCGCUUGGGGUGGUAAAAGAUCUCCUCCUAUCAUAGGGCCGAUCUGGACACCAGCAUCUCAAGAUAUCAAAGAAUCCACCUUGGACACGAUAGUAUUGAUUCGAAAUAAUCAAGACGACGACACCGUAAAAAUGUUGUAA